GCGGCCACACUGCUAUCGUACCGACCCGACGAAAUUAUGCGUACGCUCCGCUUUUUUUUUAUUUAUUUUUUCGUAAUCCAAACGCCCUGCCGCCCAUAAAAUAAUGAAAAAUCGCACAAACCCGGAAAAGUGCCAAGUUAAAUGUUCGCUGUGUAUUGUGAGUGCGAACGAAAGCGAGAAUUAAAAUGAAAUUGCAGGCGACGCCGAAAUAAAAAACAAAAAAAAAACGUUGCAGCAACAACGUGCGUGCGUGUGUCGAGUGUGUGUGUGUUGGUAUAUGCUAAGAGCAAAGAGAGCGAGUGAGAGGGCGAUAGAAGGCAGAAGAAGCAUCAGCGGAAAAGAGAACGAAGAAAGGUGGGGAAAAACGAAAAAGGCGAACGAAAAACGCACACGAAAAUGAAAAUUGUUGUAUGAAAAAAACAGGGGAAAGUCAACGAUCUAGGUAUAUGACUUUAUAAAAUGCGAGUGUGUCUGUUGUCUUUUUAACAAUGGAAAAUGUGUGUUUUUUUUAAUGUGAAAACCCAGUGAGAGUUAUUUUUUAAAGUGUGUCUAAUUUGGUAAUUUUUUUUUUAAUUUCCAAAAACAGCAGCCGCUUCAAAAGCCAGAACUUUGAAAAGUCGAAGCUGAAAUUUUUCCCGAUUUUCCGUUUCCCGCGAAUCUAAAACCCGCGCUGCCGGCGUCGCUGCCUCUGCCGACGUCUUCGUCGACGCCGCCGUCGCCGAUCCCGUUUUCACUCGUCGCCGCUUCAUCCCGCCAUCUCGCUCUGUUCCCGCCCCCUCUCUCUGCCCCGCCCCCCGCGCCUUUCUGUCCGCCCCCGCCCCUCCCCCUUAGAGAGAGAGAGAGAGAAAGCCAAGCCAAGAAACGUCAUCAAGCGGCAACAACAACAAUCACCACAAAAAAAGCAACAUCAGGCGACAACAACAAAACGCAUUUCAUUGCCAAGAGAAAAAAAACGGUCAACGACAUUGCAACAGCAACAUUAGCAAAAGAAACAGCAACAACACCACUGCAACAUUGGCCAAGAGCAACAACAACAAAACAGCAAUAAAGAAAGACUGCAACAACAACAACUGAAACAACAAAAACAAUAGUAACAACAACAAGCGUACCAACAAAUAGGAAAAUAGGAAAAUGCCCAAAUGCGAUGUGAAAACGCGCUACAUUCCUGCGACUUUCGCCUGGAUUGUGCUGCUUUUGACCACAUUUCUCUUCUUCUUCUAUCCCUGCCAGUACUACGUGAAGAGCCAUCCAUGGGUGCUGGCCUACCAGGGCGUGAUCACAUUCUUCGUGCUGGCCAACUUCACGCUGGCCACCUUCAUGGACCCGGGCAUCAUCCCCAAAGCCUCGCCCGACGAAGACUGCGAGGAGGAGCUGCGCGCCCCGCUUUACAAGAAUGCCGAGAUCAACGGCAUCACCGUCAAGAUGAAAUGGUGCGUCACCUGUAAGUUCUACCGCCCGCCACGCUGCUCCCACUGUUCCGUCUGCAAUCACUGCAUAGAGACCUUCGAUCACCACUGUCCGUGGGUCAACAACUGCAUCGGCAGGCGGAAUUACAGAUUCUUUUUCUUCUUCCUCGUAUCGCUCUCCAUUCACAUGCUGAGUAUUUUCUCGCUGUGCCUGGUCUACGUGCUGAAGAUAAUGCCAAACAUCAAGGACACGGCGCCCAUUGUCGCCAUAAUCCUGAUGGGCCUGGUGACCAUUUUGGCCAUCCCUAUUUUCGGUUUGACCGGCUUCCACAUGGUGCUGGUGUCGCGGGGUCGAACGACCAACGAACAGGUCACCGGAAAGUUCAAGGGCGGCUACAAUCCGUUCUCGCGCGGCUGCUGGCACAAUUGCUGCUACACACAGUUCGGACCUCAGUACCCCAGCUUACUGAACCCGAAGAAGUACGCCUCACGGCGAUCGCAGGUGCAGAACCAGGCGAUCAGCACCAUUUGCAACGACAGGAGCGGCCAGCAGACGGGCGCCGGGGGCGGGGCCGGCGGCAAUGGGACCGCUGCAGCGGCCGGCGGUGGAGCGGGCGGCGGGGGCGGUAUGCGCGGCACUGCGGUGCAGUACUCACCACGCUCCUUCUACGACGCGAGUCGCGAGAAGCGCGGAAUACAGGUAAAGACUUAUAUGGCCGAGGGCAAUGGUUAUAAUCAACGGUCGGGCAGCACAACGCUUUACAGUAAGCUUUCGCCUGGACGGGAGUGUUCCGAUACCGACCUGGAGCCACCACCUGCAUCCCAGAGUCAGGACUGCGAACCGACGCCGCCGCUGCAGCGGCACAACUCCAGCAGUUUCUACCUGCCGCAGGUGAGCGACGCCGGCGGUCUGAACGGAAGCGUUUCCACGGGCGGCGGCGGAGGAGGAGGAGGUGGGGGCGGAGGUGAUUCACCGCGUCACAUGCGUCUCUACCAUCCGCGUCACAGUCCGCACGCGAGGCCCAGGGGCCUGGAUCCGCAGCGAGGCUAUACGAGUGACGCCCUAUCGCCGGACCAUCCCGUGGGCUAUGGCGUGGGCGUGGGCGUGGGCGUCAACGGACCGCAGCAGCAACAGCAGCAGGCGCUGGCGGCGGCAGCGGCGGCGGCGGCGGUGGCAGCACAAAAUCAACGUAGCGCGGCGACCACGGCCACGCCCACCAUGCAGCAGCGGAUCAAGCCGCUGGGCGUGGCCACGCCCCUCGUAAUGGCGAGUCCAGUGCGAAGAUCUAAUCCGGGCACGCCCACUCAGCCGAGACGCCCCGAUUUCAUCGGACUGAACGCCCAGGCGGUGGCGCAACAGCAGCAGCAACAACAACAACAAGCAGCUGCGGCUGCGGCAGCAGCGGCCUAUUAUGAGUACACCAGCGGUCUGCCGCCACAACAUCCGCAGGCUCCCAGCAUCCAGCAGCAGCAACAACAACUGCUCCUCCAGCAGCAGCGCGUCCUCAUGCAGCACCAACAACAGCAGCAGGCUCUGCAGCAGCAGCAACAGCAGCAGGCGGCGGUGCAUGCGGCGCAUCCGCAGCACGCCGCACUGGCGCAGGCGGCCUACGGUGGCAGUCCGCAGCGGCGCUUCCUCUCCGAGGGCGAACUGGUGCGCCAAGGGGCCGGAGGAGGCGUGGCAGGCGGAGAGCUGUCCUACGCGCGGUCCAACAACACGGUGGAUAAUAUACGGGAGCUGGCCGGCAGUCCGCAGCGCGGCGUUUACAUGUGGAAGGACACGUCGCCGGGAUUCACCAGUUCCGUGGGACAGCAGCAGCAGGGACAGCAGGUGGUGAGCAGCGGGAUCGGCAGCAGUGCGGGCACGCUGUCCAGCAGCGGAGCCUCCGUCGGGGUGAUGCCGCAUUCCCAGUACAUUACGGCGGGCGGCGGAGCCCAUCCGCUGAUCAUGACGCACUCGCGACUCCAGGACUACGCCAUCCAGCAGCAGCAACAGCAGCAGCAGCAACAACAGGCGGCGGCGGCAGCGGCAGCAGCCUCAUAUCAUCGCUCCAAUCCGACGAGUCCCACCACCAUGCCACAGGUGUCCGGAGCUGGCCAGGGCUAUAUACUGCGCUACGGAGGCGGCGGAGCGGGUGGAGCAGCCGGCAGCAGUGGCAGUUUGGCCAGCGUGACGGCCAGCAAUCCAGCCACCGGAGGCGGAGGCUAUCAGCCGGCACUGCGCGGCGGCGUAGCCGUGUUUCCACCCAAUCCGCUGGGUAAUCCGGGCGUGGGUAACAUGCAGACGCAGCCCUCGCCGCAGAUCAAGAGGAAGCAGACGCCCACGCGGCCCAUGAGCUUUGUGCGAGCACUGGAGAUGGCCGACUCCAUGGAGAUGCAGUCGAUGGAACAGCAGCAGAACGGCGGAAUCCCCGGCAGCGGAGCGGUGGGAAACAAUCAGCAGACGGGCGCCGGCGGCGGUGGUCACCUGAUGCAGGGCAACGCCUCCAACUCGGGCACUCCGGAUAGGGCCAGCAUCUACGACAUGAACUACGAGAUCUCCGUAUAACCCGUGGUGGUGCCCGUGCUUCUGAUGCCACCCGCCAGCCAAGCUCCAGGGUCGGUAGUCGCUGCUCCAGCUGCUGCAGUUGCUCCAAUUGCCAUCGCUACCGCUCCGCAGCCGGGGC